AUGGCUGAAGAUGAAUUCAUUCAUACGAUUGCUGAAGAGCUCGAUAUUGAUGUGCUCGAGUCCGAAAAACCUGAAGUCAGUGCCAAUGGUGUGACAAAUGUUUUGAUUAAGACUAUUUACCCAUUGAACGGCCAGUAUCGAGCAUAUGUUGUGAAAGAUCCGUCCUUGGAAAGUUCCAGCCUCGAAGAGAGUGCAACUUUGGCUUCGUUUUAUAACUCGCAGUUUGUCAGUCGAAUUUUGACUUUGAAUAAGGUCUCAGGACCGUUUGGGAAGCAUGAAGUAUGUCUGAGGCUUAUUGAUGACAAAGUGCAGACAAUGCAUUCCGUUUUCGUCACAAAGGUUGAUCCUGGCCACCGUAAGAAGGUUCUGUCUCUUGAUGAUCUAUGUGAAGUAGCCAAAGCUGUUGCGAAAUACCAUUUCAUAAAUGAGACCGUUGUGUCGACUGAAGUUUUCCGAGCCAUUACCGAGAAUCAUUCUCAUAUAACGGAAUAUGAUGAGAAUAAUUUGCAAAAAGUUAUUCGAAUUCUUGAGCGUUCAUUGCACACGCCUGAUCGGAACUACUUCUCUUCACCAUCUCAGGUUAUGUCUAAGGUGAAUUACUUGGUUGAGAAAGUAAAGAGAAGGGGGAAGCCACCUGUUAAGGACGAUGUUCCGUUGGUCCUUUGCCAUGGUAAACUUAAUGCUUCAAGUCUGUUGUUCGAAGACAGCGAGCUGAAAGAAAUCACAAAUUGGGAGAAUACUCAUUUUGCUGAUCACGCUAAAGACCUGGCUCAUCUAAUCAUUUCAACCGCAGAUCCUGAAGUUCGGAGAAGUAGCUAUUUGAGUGUUUUCCGCUCCUACUAUUAUACUUUGGUUGAUGUUCGUCCACCCCAUUUUGAGAUCGAACUACUACGCGACCAGUAUUUGCAAUAUCAGAAGAAUAUUGUUUUGUCAGAAAUUGAUCCACUCCUAUAUGAACUAUCGAUUGAUAAUGCUGAAGAUGUUCGGAAACGUCUUGUAAGACGAUGGGAAUCAGCUUUAGACGACGCUUAUACCUAUGAAUCAGAGGAAUAUAUAAGUGACAAUGAGGAUUGUCUGUUUUCCAAAUAG